AGUUAUCAUUUUGACAGAGUCACAGUAAAUACUACAGGAAAAAAUGAAUGGUCUACGUGUGCUUGUGGCUAUAUUGCUGCUAAGCAAUGUCUUUGUAAAUAUUUUUGCGGUUAAGGCGACAUCAGAAGAAGUUUGCAGUCAAUCCCUUAUAAUUGGACCUUGUCGUGGUAUGAUCCCGCGUUACUACUAUAAUGCCGACUCGAAAAGCUGCCAAGGCUUUAGUUAUGGUGGCUGCCACGCGAAUGGGAAUAACUUUGAAACUCAAGAGGACUGUGAAGAUAAGUGUAUGACAGGCUGA